UCUGUAAUCGGUCUAAUCUCCCACCUUUCACACCUCCCCACGCCAAAAAUCUCUUCUUUGACGCAGGCGGCGGUCCUCCAACCAUUCUCCUUUUCUCCCGCUCUCUUUCAACUCUUUCUCUCUCCUCUAAUUUCCAUAAUGCGGAAUCAUCUUGCUCUUCGACAAUUAUCAGUGGAAUCCAGUCCGUCUGCGACCCUUCGCUUUAAACAGCGGGGAACCGCGCUCUUUAAGACCAUACAUCUCUCUAUUGCUCAUCAAAAUCUUCCUCUUUUUUCUGGGAAGAUUAUUACGAGCAGAAUUUGGAUCCAGACUUUGUGGUUGCCAUCAGUAAAAUCACUGAUCACCACUGCUGUUCACUCAUGUGCUUUUUCACUUUCCAUGCAUGGAUCCGUACUUCGCACCAAAUAGUGUCCCAGAUAUAUAUAUCUGCUUCGUUGUGGUGCGGUUCUCAUUGCCAACUAUUCUCUUCACUCUCUCUCUCUCUCUCUUGCUAAAUCUGUUUUCAUGUCGAGGGAAGAAGAGAUGGGUGCGCUUGAGGAAGGACGGUUCGAUCCAGAGGUGUCCGAUAACACUGUCGGCGAAGGAGCGGGAGGGCCUGCGAUGGGAACAAUGGAGAAUGCUGUGAGAGUCCUUUUAAUGGGGUUAGGGGAGGAUUCUGAGAGGGAGGGGCUAAGGAAGACGCCGAUUCGCGUGGCCAAGGCUUUCAGGGAGGGCACAAGAGGUUACAGACAGAAAGUGGAAGACAUAGUACAAGGUGCCUUUUUUCCUGAAGCUGGAUUGAACAAUGGAAUAGGUCAUGCAGGAGGUGAUGGUGGUCUGGUGGUAGUUCGAGACAUCAAUCUAUUCUCUUAUUGUGAGUCUUGCCUGCUUCCAUUCAGCAUCAAAUGUCACGUAGGUUAUAUUCCUUCAGGACAAAGAGUUGUAGGACUUAGCAAGCUUUCCAGGGUAGCUGAUGUUUAUGCUAAAAGGCUUCAAGAACCACAAAGACUCGCUGAUGAAAUCUGUCAGGCUCUACAGAAUAGUAUCAGACCAGCUGGUGUUUCCGUUGCCCUUCAAUGUUGGCACAUCCAGUUCCCUAAAGUUUUGAAGUGCAUUAAUCUGAAUCUCCCAAGACAUCCAUCUAGAUCUAGCAUGCAAGGUUGGGUGCAUACCUCAGUUUGUUCCAGUACUGGGGUUUUUGAGCAAAAGAAAAGUUCUUUCAGUGAUGAUUUUCAUACUCUUUUACAAUUUAGUGGAGCAAACUUUGAUCUCAGCAAUACAGGUUGUUCAAUUCACUCUUGGUGUCUGUUAAGGUCUCUUGAUGUGCCCGAAUCCAAUGAUGACAUGAUGAGGAAUAAUUUGCUAAAUGGCAGAAUUUUUUCCAAGCCAGUUGUUUCUCAUACUUCCAUGGUAGCAGCAGUGGCUUCAAUUAUUCUAUCACUUGGAGAAGACCCCUCAAGAAAAGAGCUUGUUGGUACUCCAUAUCGCUAUGUGCAUUGGCUGAUGAACUUCAGUAGAUCCAAUAUAGAUAUCAGGCAAAAUGGUUUUCUUCUCAAUGCUAUUAACUCGCAUAAAAGUUCAAAUGGUUAUAUUCACAGGGAGAAUGAGAUAAAUUCAGAGCUCAAUUUACCCUUCUGUGCCCAAUGUGAGCACCAUCUCCUCCCAUUCCAUGGUGUAGUGCAUAUUGGCUACUUCCAUGAUGAAGAAAAGAAAGACAUUGAUAGAUCUUCUUUGCAAACAAUGGUUCAUUUCUAUGGCUGUAAGCUUCAAGUGCAAGAGAGGCUUACAAGACAGAUAGCAGAAGCUGUAUAUUCCGUUCUUGGAAGGGGAGUAAUGGUUGUUUUGGAAGCAAAUCAUAUUUGUAUGGUAUCAAGAGGGAUCGAGAAGGUCGGAAGCAGCACAGCAACAAUUGCUGUGAUGGGUCAGUUCUCCACAGAUAUCACAGCCAAGGCUUUAUUUCUGGAAGCCAUAUCUAAGGUUACUGCUGCUGUUGGGCCUUGAUUUUCUUUCUUCCUUGCACCUUCAAAAUCUUGAUAUGUUGCAUUUGAUUUGCUUCUCUCCUUUUAGAAAUCUAUUGAAUCUGUGUAUCCGAUUUGAAGAGAUUUGAAGCUUCUAAUGUUAUAUUCCUUGAUGAUCUUUGUUGCAUCUCUUUA